AUGGCGGCUGAGAGAGCACCGGUGCUGGUGAGGCACGCCGGCGGCGGCGUGGAGGCGCUGCGGCAGCUCCCGCCGGGGUUCCGGUUCCGCCCCACGGACGAGGAGCUCGUGGUGCAGUACCUCCGGCGCAAGGCCUUCGGCGUGCCGCUCCCCGCCGCCGUCAUCCCCGUCGUCCGCGACCUCUACAACCUCGACCCCUGGGACGUCGUCGUCCCUGGCCCUGAUGCGAGCAGUGAGGGGGAGAAAUACUUCUUCGCGGUGCGGCCGGCGGGCGCCGGCAAGAGCGGCGGUGCAAGGGCGACCGCGAGCGGGCGGUGGAAGCCGUCGGGUAAGGAGAAGCCCGUGGUCCUGCCCCGCCCCUGCGGCGGAGGGAGCCUCCUGGUGGGCGUGAAGAGGGCGAUGACGUUCGUGCCCCGCCGGAAGAAAAAGAAGGCGUCGUCGUCGUUGGCGUCAGCGGCCCUGGCGACCGGCUGGGUCAUGCACGAGUACCGCCUCGCCGCGCCGCUGCACAAGAACGGCUGCAGCCUGGCUCAGGCUCAAGGAGAGUGGGUCGUCUGCCGCGUCUUCCAGAAGGGCAGCAGCAGGCCGAGCAGGAGGCGAGCGGUGCCGGCCGCCCACCCCGCCGCCGCGGCGUCGCCGUUGCCGUCGUCCGCUAGCAGCUGCGUCACGGAUGGGUCGAACUCGGACCUGGAAGAGGUCAGCAGCUAA